AAAAGCACGUCACUGUUUGACCGCGCUUCCGAGAAGGGGACGCAACCCACAUUAAAACAAACAGAAACCCCAAAUAACCUUCCAGGACAGGACUGGCAGCGACCACCACUGUGAUUCAGACGUAAGUUGUUUUGUUCUACAGAGGGCUCUUGGAUUUUUUUUAAACCUGUCAGAUCCUGUUAUGGCUAUCACUGCAGUCCUUCUACUGAGCAGUCUUGGCUUUUUUGCAGUUACUGCUCAAGACUGUUCCAGACCUGUUGGAGACAACAUGGAUGUAAAGGGCAAUGACAUUUUUCUAACUAGUUUCCCAGAUGGGAUCACAGUUACAUUUGCCUGUAAUAUUGGAUAUGAGUCUGCAGGAGGUUCCCCAAGUGUUACUUGUACUGCUGGAAGUUGGAGUCCUGUGGGGUUGAAAUGCCAAAGGAAGAACUGUUUCUCUGUGGAAGACGUUCAAGAUGGACAGAUUGAAUAUCAUCCUGGGACCGAAUUUGGUGAUAAAGCAGUGCUCAUUUGUAACCCUGGUCAUAUGCCAGUUGGUGGAGGAAACCUCAUUUGUGGAAGCCAAGGGUGGAUGGGCAGGUUGCCUGUAUGUGAAGUGACACAAUGUGACUCACCACCUGUAGUAGAGUAUGGCUCUUUCAGUCCAGUUAAAGAACUCUAUGACUAUAAUGAUGUUUUACAGUACACCUGUAAAAAGGAUUAUACACGUAACGGAUCAAGACAGUUGAUUUGUUCAGAUGAUGGAACAUUCAAGCCUGAGCCUCCAAAAUGUAUCAAGGUUGAAUGUGGAGAUCCAGAGAUUCCAUUUGGUCAGUGGAGUAGCGGUGCUCGACCUCCAUAUGGAUACAUGUCUAAUGUGACAUUACAGUGUAACACUGGAUACAAAAUGAAUGGAACCGCUACUGUGAUGUGUGGGCUAAAUAGUCAGUGGUUGCCUGGACUUCCUCAGUGUAUACCUCCUCACUCCACCAGGGCUCUGUUUGGCACUUUCUGAUAGUGCACAAAUGUGGUGCACGUACUGCAGCAGUCAUACAGACAACUGGACGGUCCAAAGUUGGAUAUGAAGAGUCCAAAUGAUGGAUGGAAUGAGGAUUCUUAACCUCUGAAGAGAUAGUUGCCAUCAGCAAUGUUAAAGUGUGAACCUGGAUACAGAAUCAAUGCAAACCUUACCAUGACAUAAAAAGUUACUGGUCACCUCGACUUCCUUAAUGUACACGCAUGUUAUGAAUUAAAAUUGCUUAAGUAUAUGUAGCUUCACUUCUCAGUUGUUGUUAAAAUGUGUAUUAUUAAAUACCUCAGGAGUUUGCUAGCAUAAUAUAGAGGUAAUUUUGGACAAUUCUAGUAAUUUCCAUUCUGUGAAUGUGAAGAUCCUGUGAUUCGAUAUGACUGAAUAAUGGUUCUCCUCCUGUCUGUGGCCUUAUUUCAGGGAAGAUCUGGAUAAGUUAAGAAAGGCCCGUGUACCCAGAUAUACGAUAUGAUAUAAAUGGUUUGGCUACGUGGAGUGUCACAAAAGUCAUUAUAUUUUGUUUUAAUUUGAUUUCACAUUGCUGCAUGUGAAUGAUCAUAUAAUGUUCACUUUUAUGUUCAGAAACCACUAUUUGAUAAACAGUUUCCACAAGGUUUUGAACAUUUCUUUUUGCUUAUAAUCACCUGGUUCCACGUUAAUAUGAAAUCACUCUUUUUUUAAGUCUCAGUUUUAAACUUCAGUAUAAAUCCAUUAAAUAAAUUUGAAUCUCUGCGUGCUUGCCAAGUAAUUGUGAACAGGGGUCAUGUGGAGGUCAUAUACAAAAAUAACCUGACAUGUGAAGGACAAGUUUAAAAAACUGUUGGGAGUAUUAAGUUAAUUUGUAAGUUUAAAUGUCCAUUUACACUUAUGAUUAAAGUUUGUAUUUAAAUACAUUUGAUUCCAGACAGUUUAGUACAAGUUGUACUUUCUCUUCUGUAGAUUGUUUUAAAUGUAAAAGCAAAUUUAAAUAAAUAAAUAAAAUAAUCCUC